GUUCUGCAAACGACGCGGGCGUCGGAUCGUCGACGCUUCCAAUUUGGUGUUCAAUUCGGUGUUAGAACGACGGAAGCUAUCGAUCGCAGAAUCGUGUGUAUGAUAAGAGCUGCGCAGUGAUUCAGUGUGAGAAGCUUCCGAGGUGGUGUGUACAAACCCCCAACAAGAAAAAUUGUCACUUCGUUCUGAUAUUUGAAACCAAGCUGUUGCUACACGGCAGUUUAUAUCGCAGAACACCGACAAGGGAGUUAGUGUGAUAAAUCUCGCCGCAUUAUCUGCGCGCCUUGCGUCGAAUUACAGUGAUAACAGUGAAUAGUGUAAUCUAGUGCGUGAACAAGGAAAUGAAUCGAAUCAAGCAACUGAACCGAGAACGGUACCAGGCGUGACAAACAAGAACGAAAUCUACAGGAUUCACCCCCCACAACGUGUUGACGUAGUUUUAUUCCCAUACAAAGUCUCAAAUUGUCCAGUGUGAUUGUACCCAUGCAACUGCACAGAAUUAGUUUUAUAUGAAGAAACCCUCCAAACGGCACAAGUUCAAACAUUAUGCGAGGCAGCAUAGUUGGAAUAGAGGAUGGCCUCAGCAAUCCCAAGCCCGGAAACUGGCACGGGUUACUACUAGAGCUGCUGGACAACCUGUACGCGUCGUUCGUCAUAGGACCCCUCGUGGUUGGCUACUGGCGGGGUACAUGGAAUCUAGCCGGCGAAUAUAUUUACCCACAAGAUCUUCCAACUAGUUUAAUAGUGUCGUUAUCGGUCGGCGUAAUAGGACACCUAAUAUUCAACAUAUUCCAAGCAACGCUCCGGCGGCAUCUCAACGCCGACAAGCAUCGGUUACUGUUCUUCUUCGGAUCGAGACUAUAUACGGAAAUCUACGGUACGAUAUGCGUCAACACUUGGCGAGGCGGGUGGGAGAUGAUCAAUCUCUACGGCACACACGACGUGCUCUACGUUGUGCUGAUAACGCUGGGAUGCGCACUCCUGCUGGCGAUGCUGAAAGGUCUCCGCAACGUCACCGCGUCACCGUUCGUUGUCGUCAACGAUUCCCGCCGAGAAUACUUCGACAUUCCGACCUAUUUCAAACUGACGGGUUCAAAAGAGCCAGGACUGUACGUGCUAGACUGUAUGUUUUCAGUGCUUGUGAUCGGAUCGCUAGUGGUGUUUGUGUGGCGAGGCCUUUGGGUGCUUCUGGAUCUGCAACUGUUUCCCGAGGAUCACGCUCUCUCUGCCUGGGCCUCAGUGUUGAUAGGUUAUGGCGUGACUGCGGUCACAUUUUCCCUCCAACCAUUGAUGCGGUGGGCGUGUGACCGGUUAACAGGGCUGUGGCGAGUGAUAGUCGCAGAUCUGUUUCUUUUCUUCAGCUUUAUUGGCACAAUCAACGUCUGGCGAGGAGUUUGGCAUCUGCUGGACCAUUACUUUCUACCAGACAACGUGCUUUUGAGUAACUGGAUUACUCAUGGCGUAUCACUACUUUUGUUGAUACUGCUGAACUGUUCAAACUCGGUUCUAGUUCGGGGAGUAUAUAUCGACGCCGAGGAACCAGCUGGUCAGUGCGUCGUUUUCCCCGUAUACUACAUUCGACUGUUCUUCCAGAAGGAACGAACAAAGAAACAACGGAAGCUACUGGAAUCUCUGGGAAGGGCCGAAUACAACAACAUCACCAGUACGUUGCUGGAGAAAAAACCAAACAAACCUGAACAGAAUCAUCAGAUAAAUCGAAACCUGGAAGCCGUACCAUUAACGCUAAUCGAUAACCCGAAGAGCAACGGAGAUCACAACACACUGGACAACCGGCAAUGACAACGUUUCUAAUUACGAUAGGAACCGACGCUAAUUGCACUCCAUUUGGGAAUGAGAAUUAAAGACAGUUCAUAGUUUGUAUUACGAGUCGUUGCGGGCACAACCGUAAACGACAGCAGCAGCAGCAAAACAGUGGAGGUCUGCUUCGAACUUCACCGAUUGGCUACUUGUGAGAAUAUUUUGUUACUCUUAAUUUGAACGAUAGCACUAGGUGUACACUAACUAGCGAUAAGUAUUAUUAACGGUAAGAUUUUUGAACACAUCUCUGAAAAUGUAUAUACUGCAGCACGCUGAAAUCAUUCCAUUAAUUUAUGAAUACGUUUUCGUAUGUCCUAGAAUAAACAAUGGUGACCUUAAACUGAA